AUGUCUCCCGUCUCCAUACAAACUGUCGGCAUUAUUGGCACAGGUGUCAUCGGCGCCAGUUGGACAGCACUGUUCCUGGCCAAAGGCUUGAAGGUCAUAGUAACUGAUCCAGCGCCAGGCGCCGAAGACAGACUCCGCGAAUAUUUGCAAAGUCACUGCUCUGAGGUACCCAACGCCCAAGUAUCACUUAAAGAUUGCUUGAGCAAUCUUACAUUUGUGAAAGAACUUGAUGCUCUUCUUGGCAAGGUAGACCUUAUACAAGAGAAUGGACCAGAGCGAUUAGAUUUCAAGCGUCGACUCUUUGCUCACUUGGACGAAAAUACCCCAGAGCACGUCCUGAUUGCAUCCUCUUCAUCGGGUCUUCCCUCAUCCGAGUUCGUCACAGAUUGCAAUAAAAACCCUGCGCGCAUCUUGAUCGGACAUCCUUUUAAUCCACCACACCUGGUGCCACUGGUAGAGGUGGUUCCUCACCCGGCAACGGGUAGUGAAUACGUGGACGCUGCAUACGAAUUCUACCGAGGUCUAGGCAAGGAGCCGGUGCUUGUCAAACAAGAAACACCAGGCUUUAUCGCCAAUCGCUUGCAAGCCGCUGUAUGUGCUGAAGCCUACAGCCUCAUAUCGAGAGGGGUGGUUUCUGCUGAAGAUCUUGAUAAAACUAUGACAUCUGGUCUCGGUCUUCGAUGGGCAUUGACUGGUCCAAUUAUGACCAAUACUCUUGGAGGAGGUGGAAGUUUCACGCAUUUCAUGGACCACCUGGGACCGGCGUUGCAGGGGUGGCUGGGAGAUAUGGAAAAGCACAAGUUUGACUUCAGCUCUCGUCAAGUCGAAUCUGUCAAGGACAAAGUCGACGAUUGGGUAUCACACCUCGAUUUAAAAGAGAUUGAAGCAAACCGGGACACAUUUUUGGGAGAUUUGGUCGCAAAUAAGCAGAAGUAA